UGGAGUGUGCAGUCUGCGCUCUCUGUUUGUCACAUGUAAUCAGGGUGUGUUUGCAUUGACCACAGUGGCAACGGAUUUCAAACAACAGCCUCCUACUUGUUCCCAUUAUCGCCUCAGGGCUUUGAGGGGGGUGCCUCAAGGUGAAUACUGGGCAGGUCUGGUCUGGUAUCUCUGGUAGAUGAACACUCUGUGUUGAGGAAGGGCCAGCGAUGCCGCCCCCGAGUCCCCCUGUCGUGCCCCCCCCAGACGGCGAGUGGGGAUGGGUUGUGGUGUUAGCAUCCUUCAUCUCCAUAGGCUUCUCGUACGCCUUUCCCAAGGCCAUCACAGUCUUCUUCAAAGACAUCCAGAUCAUCUUCGAUGCCUCCUACAGUCAGAUCGCAUGGAUCUCUUCCAUCAUGCUCGCGGUCAUGUAUGCUGCAGGUCCCAUCAGCAGCAUACUGGUCAACAAGUACGGCUGCAGGCCCAUCGUCAUGAUGGGGGGCUGCCUCGUUUCCACCGGCAUGAUUUUAGCGUCCUUCUGCAACAAUGUGAUGCAGCUUUACUUCUGCAUAGGAGUUAUCGGGGGUCUUGGACUAGCAUUCAACCUGCAGCCAGCGCUGACUAUGAUUGGCAGAUACUUUUCGAAGAAGCGGCCCAUUGCUAACGGGCUGGCGAUGGCUGGCAGUCCGGUGUUCCUCUGCACCUUGGCUCCUCUCAACCAGUACCUCUUCAACCAGUUCGGCUGGAGAGGCAGCUUUCUCAUCCUGGGCGGCCUGCUGUUAAACUGCUGUGUGGCCGGUGCCCUCAUGAGGCCUCUGGGGCCGCCACCCAGCAAGGUCAAGAAGGAAGAAGAGUUGGCCGCCGUCACCACUACGACAAAGGAGAAGUGCAGCGUUUGGCAAACAGUCAACAAGUACCUAGACCUGACGCUCUUCAAACAUCGUGGCUUCCUCAUUUACCUGGUGGGCAAUGUCAUCAUGUUCCUGGGCUUCUUCGCACCUAUCGUCUUCCUUGCAGCCUACGCCAAGGACAUGGGUGUGGAUGAGUACUCUGCUGCCUUGCUGCUUUCCAUCCUGGCUUUUGUCGACAUGUUCGCCAGGCCGUCAAUGGGGCUACUGGCCAAUUCGCGUUGGGUUCGACCAAGGAUCCAGUACUUCUUCAGCUUUGCUGUGCUGUACAAUGGGGUGUGCCACAUCCUCUGCCCUUUUGUUGAGAGCUACACCGGCCUGGUAGUGUACGCAGUGUUCUUCGGCUUUGCCUUUGGCAUGGUCAGCUCAGUGCUGUUUGAAACACUGAUGGACCUUGUCGGGGCUCCGAGGUUCUCCAGUGCUGUGGGACUCACCACCAUCGUGGAGUGCUGCCCGGUCCUUCUCGGUCCACCUCUAGCAGGGAAGCUGGUAGACGUCACAAAAAGCUACAAGUACAUGUACUUCUGCUGUGGAGCUGUGGUGAUUUUGGCUAGUAUUUGGCUCUUCAUUGGAAACUUCAUUAACUACAGGCUCUUGGACCGUGAGCGCAAACAGGCAGAAAUGUACAAGCGGACUGAAACGGAAGAUCCAGACAAAGAUCAGGAUCUUAAGGAGGCUGGUGGGGAGGCCCAGGCGUCUGAGGAGCUGGUCAACAAAGAUGAGGAAUCUAUGCAGCGGGAAACCAACAUCUAGAUCCGUCGGCUCUCCCUGCCACUCCCCUUCAGCUCCAGCGCAACCUUGCAACACUUUCAACUACGAUCAAACUGAGCUCCACGUCAAGAGGCACCUCGUGGGGGUCCUCAGCAUUUCUCCAAGACUAACUUCCAAAGCAACCACUGUGUUGUAGGAAGCCUGGACGAGCAGCUGUUUGUCAAAGAGCUUCAGCUGUGACUUUAACAGAAAUAUUAACCAGGGACAAAUGUGUAGGAUACUGUACACAUGUGAAGAGGCUACAAGUCAGAAGAUGAUUGUGGAAAACAGUAUAGAAAUUACUGUAUUUCUUGAUUUUGGAUUGACUGUAAAUACAAGACUGCAACUGAGGAACCAACAUCUCCACCACAGAUUACCUGGUUGCAGUUAUAGACAGAAUAUGAGAUUAUCGUUUUCUGGUGAAACUACGUCAGCUGAGAACAAACAGCCAAUCUGUGUUGAUGUUGGCAGAUAAUAAGAAAACACAGUCAGUCAAUCAACUCUGCUGUCAAGUCUUAUCUGCUGCAAUGUGGUCAUACAGGAUUUUAGGUCAGAUGCAACAAGUGAAAAUAUCCCGAGCUGUGGCAAACCAGCGUCAUUCCGUUUCUCCUCCUGUGUCUUCCGAUAGGAUGUGAACGCAGUAUCAACGUGUUGCCAAUGUUCCAACAUCACCAGCAAACUGAAUUCACAUGUUGAGUAAAGAUCUCUGCACAACCCUCUGGAGUCCUCCUACAUGAAGAUUUAAAAAGAGAAUAGAAGAUUUGGUGUUUAACUAAGACCUUUCUUUGAAUGAAAGGUC